ACGUUUUCGCGGAAGUUUCGGUGAACAGUAGUUACAGUACCCAAUGAAGUAAGGUAUUCUUACCGAGGGUUUGUUGUUCAACUUCGCUCACUUUUUAUCGGUAAACUAAGAAAUUAUGAGUGCUGAAGAAUCCCGUGUUAGUCCCAAGGCUUUCCCCCUUGCGGAUGCUGCCCUCAGCCAGAAGUUGCUGUCACUGACACAGCAGUGCACUUCCUAUCACCAGGUCCGGCGUGGUGCUAAUGAGGCUACAAAGGCACUGAACCGUGGUCAGUGCGACCUGAUCAUACUGGCAGGCGACACCGAGCCAAUCGAAAUUCUGCUGCACCUGCCGCUGUUGUGCGAGGACAAGAACGUACCUUACGUCUUCGUGUCGUCCAAGGCAGCGCUGGGACGAGCAUGUGGCGUCACGCGCGCCGUCGUCGCCGUAGCCAUCCUUUCCAAUGAGGGAUCGCAGCUCAAGACUCAGAUCCAAUCCAUCCACAGAGAGAUUGAAAAAUUAUUGUUCUAAUAAGCCUCCAAAUCGUUAAAUGAUCUCAAUAAAAAAAUAUUGAAG